AUGAAGUCGGCAAUGGUGGAAACAGACCCGACCGGGCGCCACCAGCAAGGCCUCAUGGCCUAUAAGUAUGAGGCUAUUCUAUCUACCGAGCAUGCUGAGAACUAUCGCGAGACUCGAUCUACACUACACGUCAACGAGGAAACUCUGAGAAUUCUAGAGGGCCAUCCGAGGAAGUUUCAGAGCCAGAAUCGCCGAAAUCGCGGAAGACUGGUCAUUAUGAGUCUGGGGGUUAUUGCUAUCCUGCUGUUCCUACGUCGUGCUGUUGCGUAUGUCUUUCCUGGUGUGGGUUGGAGUCACCCAACACAAUCAUGUGAUUCUGUCUCAGAGGGCUAUCAAUGCCAGCCUGAGUUGUCACACUAUUGGGGCCAGUACUCUCCUUAUUUUGCUGUGGAAUCAGAGAUUGCUACGGAAGUACCAGACCAGUGCCAAGUUACGUUCGCACAGAUCCUUUCUCGCCAUGGUGCCCGAGAUCCAACAAGUUCGAAAUCCACCAAAUACAGUGAGACAAUAGCGAAUAUUCACGCCCAUGCAAAGUCGUAUGGCAAAGGUUAUACUUUCAUCAAAGACUACACUUACACUUUGGGAGCUGACCAGCUAUCUGUCUUUGGCCAACAGCAGAUGAUCAACUCUGGCGAGAAGUACUACUGCAGAUACAAAUCUUUGGCUCAAAACACCACACCCUUCAUCCGUUCUUCAGGGCAGGACAGAGUAAUAGAAUCAGCCCAAAACUGGACCCAGGGCUUUCACGAUGCCCGUAUUGAUGAUCUUUCCGAGUCGAACGAUGGGUAUCCUUACAAAAUUGUCGUCAUUAGUGAAGUUGCAGGUUCAAACAACACCCUCGAUCAUGGCCUCUGCACUUCCUUCGAAGAUGGUUUUGAUUCCAACAUUGGGGACAGCGCCCAACAGACAUGGCUCGGCAUCUUCACCCCUUCCAUUACCGCAAGGCUAAACAGGAACCUCCCAGGUGUAAACCUCACCAAUACAGAUACAAUCUACCUCAUGGAUCUCUGCCCCUUCAACACCGUAGCCAACCCCCUGGGUCACAUCUCACCCUUCUGCUCCCUCUUUACCCUCUCAGAAUGGCAUUCAUACGAUUACUACCAAACCCUAGGAAAGUACUACGGCUACGGCUGGGGCAACCCUCUUGGUCCCACACAAGGCGUAGGCUUUACCAACGAGCUUAUUGCUCGGCUGACAGCCACUCCUGUCUCUGACCACACCAGCACUAACUCCACGCUGGAUUCGUCGCCGAAAACCUUUCCCAUCGGUGGCACGACAAGUCUGUAUGCAGAUUUCAGUCAUGAUAACGAUAUGACUGCUAUCUUCGCUGCGCUGGGCCUGUAUAAUGCUACUAUGCCGUUGUCGAACACGACGCUGCAGGAUACGGAGCACACAAAGGGGUAUUCGGCAGCUUGGUCGGUGCCGUUUGCUGCUCGGGCAUACUUUGAGAAGAUGAGUUGUGUGGGGGCUAAGGAGGAGUUCGUCCGCGUCAUUGUGAAUGAUCAGGUCUUGCCAUUGGAAGCCUGCGGCGGGGAUAAUCUGGGGAGAUGUAAAUUGAGUGCGUUCGUAGAUAGUUUGAGCUUUGCACGGCAAGGUGGAAAAUGGGACCAAUGUUUUGCAUAG